GAACCAAACCACAAAAAUUAUACAAAGAGAGAAACCAAAAAAAAUGGAGAUACAACAAUCAUGGAGAUUAAGAUUAUCGUUCAAGAAUGCGACCAUAGCUUUGAAUAUCUUCAAUCUCUUUGUUGCUCUCUUCUUGCUUCAACGGUUUCUUUCUUCUACUUCCUCUCGCACCAGAUCAUCUUCUAAUCAACCCAAUUCAGCCGGCUUCGAUUACGUUAAGGAAGCUGAAGAUAUGCGCAUUGCUAUGCAACCUUUCAAGCUGAUAGAAAGAGUUAAGGAGAUUCAGCAGGAAGCAUACACCGAUCCUGAAACAAUCCAACAGAAAGAUGCAAAGCAGACUGCCGCAGUCGAUCUUUCCAAAAGAUUACAGGAUUUCCGUUCCAUAAAUGAUGCUUCUAGCUUGAAAGCUUUAGAAGAGUGGCGGAAAAGGAAGAUGGAGCGAGCUCGACAAAGGGAGCUGGAGAAAAAUGGAACCCAAGUCACCAAAGAAUAAAGACGGAACCAGAGGUGAAACCGAAUGAUCUUUGGAUCUUCGGUUUUCUAAAACUGAUGGUCAUCUCUCGAGCUUAAGCAGCCCCCGUCAUAUUGCGGGACAGAGACAUGAAUAUAAGUAGGCGAUGUAAGAACAUGAAAGAAAUAACUCCAUAGAUGUGGAUAUAUACCACUGAUAUACUGUAACACCAUUGAACUUUGUCGUCGAUUGUACCCGGACAUGAAUAUAAAGGUAAGAAAUCGAAUACAACCAUUUCAAACAUA